UUGUGCCUCUUUCUAGCCUUUGUUCCAGAGUAAACCCUAAAACCUUCAUUUAGUUGGGUUGACUCUCCGUCUACGGUUUCUCUCUCUCUCUCUCUCUGCUCGAUACUUGAUAGACAUGGCUGAGCAGCUAACUGAGGACCAGAUCGCCGAGUUCAAGGAAGCUUUUAGCCUAUUUGACAAGGACGGCGAUGGCUGUAUAACUACCAAAGAGUUGGGUACAGUGAUGAGAUCUCUGGGACAAAAUCCCACUGAAGCUGAACUGCAAGAUAUGAUCAAUGAAGUUGAUGCUGAUCAAAAUGGUACCAUUGAUUUUCCUGAGUUCCUGAAUUUGAUGGCACGAAAAAUGAAGGACACUGAUUCAGAGGAGGAACUCAAAGAAGCUUUCAAGGUCUUUGAUAAAGAUCAGAAUGGCUUUAUUUCUGCUGCAGAGCUUCGUCAUGUAAUGACAAAUCUGGGGGAGAAAUUGACUGAUGAUGAAGUGGAUGAGAUGAUAAGGGAAGCAGAUAUUGAUGGCGACGGUCAAGUGAACUAUGAGGAAUUUGUGAGGAUGAUGCUGGCCAAGUGAUGGCAAUUAUUUCCUUAGUGGCAGCAUCUCUCAACUUUAGAGAGUCCAUAUGGAGGGUUCCUUCUUAUUUCCUUUAAUUGGUGUUUAGCAAGGAUCACGGGUAUUUUUUUAACUGGUCGUCUAUUUGGUCGGAAUUGAACUUUAUUUUCUGUCAUGCUGGUGAAUUCUGCUAACCACCACCAUAAACCGAAAAAAAGGGUCUUUGUGACCUUUUCAUGACAAUGGGAAGGAAUAAAAAAAAAGGGUCUUUAUUACAAUUUGUAAUCUGAUACAUUGGAUCUCGUAUGGGCUUUGCAGUAACAAAGGAUAUUAUUACUGAACUGAUCUGCUCUUUCUUAAAUGAGAUUUUAGGCUUUUUCAAAAA